CGCCGUGUGCCGUCACCUUUGGAUUAAAUGAAACCACCUUUAAGCAAAGCUUUAACCCUCCUCGUCUCCUCGUCUCCUCGUCUCCUCGUCUCCUCUCACAGCUGGAAUGCAGAAGUAAAGAGCGCGCGCGUGUGUGUGUGUGAGUGUGAGUGUGCAGCGGUUUGCAGGAAUGGAUGCAGACAGUGAAACAGUUAGGUAAGCGGCGUCUCGACAGGUAACCGAAAAGAAAAACGGGACUACACCUUUUGCCGUGUUUGCUGCGCCCCCCCGGUCCGAGGUCUUCUCCUCCAGCCGCUCCUCUGCGCGGGUUCGGCCGCUUCUCCUCCCUCCUCUGCGGUGUUUACCUCGGUUGAAGAAAUGUCGGAGGAAAAGACGGACAUUCCCAACGAGCUGCUCGAGAGUGUGCGGGAGGCGGUGGGUCGGAGGGUGAAGCUGACCCUGAGGCGCAAGGUCCAGCUGGAGGUCAAAGGUGACAAGGUGGAGAACAGAGUCCUGGCCUUGGCUUCACAUCGAGCCUAUCUGCUCACAGCUCGGGUCCCGUCUAAGGUUGAACAAUCCUUCAGCUACUUGGACAUCCAGGGAAUCAGCAGCAACAAACCCACUCAGCUGGUGCUGGAGUAUGAGCGCGGCCCGUGGAGCCUCCGUCUGGGCUCGGCCGAGGAAGUGGACGAGGUGAUCGCUCACAUCGGAAGCUGCUUACACCGGAUCUGCCCCACCGGCUCACCUGUGAAGGCGAUGAGGAAGCUGAGUCUGAAGCCCGUGGACAGGACUGCAGCCCUCCAGGCCGUCUGGGAGGAGCAGGGCUCGGCCGACCUGGGACCCUGUGGCGGCUUCUCUCAUCAGUACUGGUGUGUGUGUGAUCACCUGGGUCUGCCGUACAGGGAGGAGGUCCAGUGGGACGUAGACACCAUCUAUCUAACCCAGGACACCAGGGAGCUCAACCUGCAGGACUUCAUCCACCUGGAGAACAGGGACCUGGUGGCCAUCAUCGCGGCUCUGGAAUACAACCAGUGGUUCAACAAACUCUCCACCAAAGACUACAAACUGUCCACAGACGUGUGUGACCAGAUCCUCAGGGUGGUGGCUCGGUCCAGCCGCCUGGAGGAGCUGGUCCUGGACAACGCUGGACUCAGAAGUGACUUUGCUCAGAAACUGGCCGGUGCUCUGUCACACAACCCCGCCUGCACACUGCACACACUCAACCUGAGCAACAACUCACUGGAGGACAAAGGUGUGUCUGCUCUGAGCGCUCAGCUCUCCAAACUGCCCAUGGGUCUGAAGCACCUGAACCUGUCCAGGACCUCCAUGUCUCCUAAAGGAGUAAACAGCCUCUGUCACGGCCUCUGUGCCAACGCGGUGGUCUCCACGACCCUCACGCACCUCGACCUGUCGGGAAACUCCCUCCGAGGAGACGACCUCCAGAAUCUGCACAACUUCCUGAGUCACUCCAACCACCUGGAGACUCUGGAUCUGUCCAACAGUGACUGCUCUCUGGAGCAGGUGUGUACAUCUCUGCUCAAAGGAUCUUUGAAGCAUCUCUCUGUCUUCAACAUGUCAAAGACAGUCUACUCUCACAGGAAGUGUAAAGAAAUCCCUCCGUCCUUUAAGCAGUUCUUCAGCUCAGCUCAGGCUCUGACGUCCGUCAGUCUGUCAGGAACCAGGCUGCCAGCAGAGGCUCUGAAGGCGCUGCUGUUGGGACUCGGCUGUAACCCGAACCUGGGCGACGUGUCUCUGGAUCUCAGCUGCUGUGAACUGCGUUCUGGAGGCUCUCAGAUCCUGGAGGGCUGCAUCGCAGAGAUCCCCAACAUCUCCAGCCUGGACAUUUCUGACAACGGUCUGGACAUGGAUCUGAUCACCCUGCUGGUCUGGAUCGCCAAGAACCGCUCCAUCAGACACCUCUCACUGGGCAAGAACUUCAACAAUAUCAAAUCCAAGAAUGUGGCUCAGGUCCUGGACAACCUGGUCCACAUGAUUCAAGAAGAGGAGUCCCCGCUGACGUCUCUGUCUCUGGCCGACUCCAAGCUGAAGGCCGACCUGUCCAUCGUCCUCAACGCGCUGGGCAGCAACACGUCCCUGACCAAGCUGGACAUCAGCGGAAACUCCAUGGGGGACAUGGGGGCCAAGAUGCUGGCCAAGGCCCUGCAGAUCAACACCAAGCUGAGGACUUUGGUGUGGGACAGGAACAGCGUCAGCCCUCAGGGUCUGCAGGACGUAGCAGCAGCUCUAGAGAAGAACUACACCAUUCGUUUCAUGCCUGUCCCCAUCAUGGACGCUGCUCAGGCGCUGAAGGCAAAUCCAGAGAAGACAGAGGACGCUUUACUGAAGAUGGAGCAGUACCUGCUGAGGAACCACGAGACGCGCAAAUACCUGCAGGAGCAGGCGUACAGGCUGCAGCAGGGAAUAGUGACCACCACCACCCAGCAGAUGAUGGACACCAUGUGUGUGAAGGUCCAGGAUCACCUGAACUCUCUGAGGUUCAGCGAGACCAGCUGUGUCCAGGAGGACAUGAAGGCGGCCGAGAACCUCAUGAAGGACGCCAGGAACUCCAAAACUCUGCUGCCCAACUUGUACCACCCGAGGAGCGGGGGGUCCAGAGGAGCCUGUGUCGGGGCCAUUCAGGAUAAACUGGAGUCCAUGGCUGGAGAGGUGGCCAGAGUGAUGGACGAACAGCUGAAGACGAUGCUGGUGUCCAUGGUGGACGCUGCCGAGGGGCUUUGUCCUCACGUGAUGAAGAGGAGCAGCCUCCGUCAGGAGCUUCUGAAGGCCGGAGCCGGGAGGACGACUGUUCCCCGGAGCUUCAUCACCACCACGCUGCUGGAACAGUCCGGCGUCGACAUCGUCAACAAGAUCAGUGAAGUGAAACUCAGCAUCGCGUCGUUUCUGUCUGAUCGUAUUGUUGAUGAGAUCCUGGAGUCUCUGUCCAAAUCACAACAUACUCUGGCCGAGCAUGUGAUCAGGAAGAGUCAUCCUCUGCUGGUCCAGGAGCCCCACACAGAGACGGAGGUCCUGGAUGAAAGCGUCCUGCAGGCGGAGAACCACAAGCAGGAGCAGAGGAGCGAAGAGGGAGGGAGGAACAAUGGGCUGGAGGACAUGGACUCCUGCAUGAUGACUCCAAAAUCCAAGAGGAAGAGUAUUCUGGUGAGGAUGCUGCGUCCCGUCUCUGUAGCGUUUGAGAUGGAGUUCGACCUGGACAAAGCUCUGGAGGAGGUUCCCAUUCACGUGGAGGACCCCCCUCUUCCUCUGGACAGAUCUCCGGUCCACUACGGAGACCUCCCUCCUCCUCCUCCUUCUCAGGACGCCGCCUCCGUCUGUUUGAGUGAGCUGCCUCCAGUGGAGCACAAGACUCUGGAGCAUCACACUAAACUCCGGCCGAAACCCAAGAACAGGACGAAGCCCAGCCGGCUGCAUAGGGAGGCGCCACAGGAAGCAGAGCACAACAGCAUCAUGGGAAAUCUGGACGAGGGCCUGGACGACUUCUUCUCCAAGAAAGUCAUUAAACUUGGCUUCAAGCGUCCCGGUGUCAGAGCUUCGCCGCCCAGCGCACAAGAAGCCACCGACAAGAAGCGUGAGUCCAGGAAGAGCGGCUUCUUCAACCUCAUCAAGUCCCGAACGUCGCGCUCAGAAAAGAGUCACGGAGCCGCGUCCGCCACCACGCCCCCUCAGCUGGCCACGCCCACUCAGCAGGCCACGCCCUCCGCCGCCGUCAGCCCCGUGACCGAGGAGACGACGCCCAGGUCCCCGACGCCUCCACCGAAGGGCCAAGCCGCAUGGGCGGAGCCUCACCAGGAGCUCCACAGGGCUCCGUCCCUGAACCACACGGAUCCUGAGGCGGAGGCGUCUACGACCUCCACCACCACCAACGAACCCGCAAAGGAGGAGGAGAAGGAGAACGCGGAGGUCAAGGAGAACCUGGAGAACACGGAGAAACAGGAGAAGGUGGAGAAGAAGGAGAACCCCCACAUACCUCGACACAUGGGCGUCCCCGUCAUGGGGAUGGACCUGAUGGCUGAGAUGAAGGCCAGACAGGAGAAGAGGGCCGGGAAGAAGAUGGACUCGUCGUCAGGGGACAAAGUGGAGGCUGACAGAGCCAAGUCAGACGUCCACCCUGACGUCCCAGGAGACGCUGAUGAGUCCAGACCGGAGCCGGUGCCCAGGUCCAAGCCUCCGAGCGUCACCCCCAGACCCCCCCCGCCCCAGACCACCAAACCCCCAGUGGCGUCCCGCCCCUCCGGUCCCGUCAGUCCAACUAGUCCCAGACCAGGAAGCAACUGCAGCCUCAAUGAAUCGUCCGAGGCUCCGGCCGGCGGCUCGUCUCCCAAAGGACCACUGCCCGCCCCCCGCCUGAAGAGGGCGCCAUCAGAGCAGGACAGACCGAGCACCAGCAGCAGUCCUGCAGGACCCCUGUCCCCGGUCUCUCCUCUGGACGCCGACUUUCCUGCAGACGCUGAUGCUUUUGAGACUGAGUCCGGAGGAGGAGCAGGAGCAGGAGGAGGAGGAGCAGGAGGAGGAGCAGGAGGAGCAGGAGGAGGAGGAAGACAGUGGUCGUCUCUGAAGAGCUCAUCGUGUCCUCCGGCUGAGAAGGAGGACGACCGCGAGCGCACCAAGUCUCUCCCCGCCUACGUGACGCCUCCGUCUGAGGCCGACGUGGACCUCUGUCCGGCUGAGGAGGAGACUCCAGCUCCGAGCGCUGACGACGCAUCAGAGGAGGAGUCUGGAGACGAGGCUCCUUCUGUCUGAGUCCAACCAGACGUCCCCCCCACCCCCACGCCCCCACCCUGUCCUCAUAGGAGACGACUGCAGAGGCGCCAGCGCUGCUUCACAUUCUUCUUCAGCUUCUGACUCUGAAGUGGCUCCAUUACUGUCUCUGUCAACAGGUCUGAGACCAUAAAGAACCGGUUUUAUCUGCAGUGGAUAAACACAAAAAACUUUAGUCCGAAGCACUGAGACAAUGAGUCUGACUGGUUUGUGUCUGGUCGUAGGUUCAGAUUUGGAACAGUUUCAUGGUUUUAUGUGCAAAGUGAUGCACUGUAGCUGCUCUUUCAGUGAACACGUCUUCAUCUUUCUAUCCUGCACUCAUCAGCAGAGAUCACAUGACCAAAGCUCAGGCCUCGUUGUUGUGUCACUGCAGCAGAGAUGGAGCAGAUGCUGCCUCCUCUUACAUCAGAAUAUCAUGAGCUGUUGUGCUUUUUGGAGGCUUCGUGUCUGCAAACUAGUGUCCAUCACAUUCCACUUCUCUCCUCCUCGGUUCUUAGUUCAAGCCUUGAGGCUUGAAUUCCUCCUGCUCCCGUUUCAGUUUACAUCCUUUAGUAUUUACCUUGAACUGAGGCACAGAAAAAGCGUAGGAAGCAAACGUGGCUCAGACAGAUGUUGAGGUUUAUGGUCUGAACCGGUGCCUUGUAUUUAAACCAGAUAAUCCCCUCAUUUCAUCCAUAGCUCAUUUAGUAUUUAGUUUCCGGCCUGAAGCGUUUUACAGUUCACUCUCAAUCUGAUAUGAACAUGAUUUAAAGCUUUAAAAGAGGUUUAUACGUGAUAUGCAUCCAAAUGUGGUUUAAUUCAAACAAUGAGACUGAACAUGUGCAGUUGAACAUUGUAUUUGUGUCUUUGUGUGCGUGUGAGUCACUGAGGACCUUUGGACGCGUGUCCUCUUUGUAAAUGUGUCUCUGCUGCUGUAUGCUCACCAGAACACGCCCCGUCUGUCCGUCUGUCCGUCUGCCUGAGGCCGGACGCUGCACUUACCCCCGGGAUCAGUGUAAAUACUGCAUGUACUGACGUUUGUUCAAUAAAUGGGGGUUUUAUAUCAGAGAUAAAUAACUUUAUUGUAUCGUGAGCAGAGAAAUCAUUUCAUUAAAACUUGGUGAUGGUUUUUAUUUUACUGGGAGGAUAUUUUUUAAAAGAAAUCUAUUCUUUUAAAGUCAAUAAGCUGUCAGAUGUUUCUGUGUUUGUGUUUGUAUCAAUAAAUCCUGUUUUACUGGUC